CGUUUAUAAGGUUUCUCUUUCUCUCUCUCUCUCCGAGUCCCCACAGAACAGAGAUGGGAAAGAAGAAAUUGAGGGAGGGUAAUGAAACCCAAUACUCCCCUGCUACUAUCUUCGUCUCCAAUUUGCCUUUCUCUUUCACAAACUCCCAGCUCGAGGAGACGUUUAGCGAUGUUGGACCGAUUAGGCGGUGCUUUAUGGUUACGAAGAAGGGGUCGACUGAACACCGCGGCUUUGGUUUUGUUCAAUUUGCCACUAAUGAAGAUGCUAACCGUGCUAUUGAGCUUAAAAAUGGCUCAUCUCUUGGAGGUCGGAAAAUUGGAGUAAAACAUGCCAUGCAUCGUGCUCCUCUUGAACAACGUCGAUCGAAGGGAAAUCAAGCUGUUCACUCGGAUGAUAUUGUCAGGACCAAGAAUGACAAUGAUGGUUUUCCUUCUGGGAUAAUCAAGCAUGAACAGGCAUCAAACUCUCAAGAAAUAGGCAGAACGGUGGAGACCAAGAAAGCAAUGACUCAUGGCAGGAGUGUACCUAAUGAGGGGAUCUCUUCUGAGAAGCAGAGAGUUGCUAGAACGAUAAUAUUAGGUGGGCUUCUCAAUGCUGACAUGGCGGAGGAGGUUCACCGUCAUGCCAGAGAGUGUGGCGCAGUAUGUUCCCUAACUUAUCCUCUUCCCAGUGAAGAGCUUCGGCACCAUGGGCUCGCCCAGGAUGGGUGUAAAAUGGAUGCCUCAUCUGUGCUUUUUAUGAGCAUUAAAUCGGCUCGUGCUUGUGUUGCAAUGUUACACCAAAAAGAGAUAAGUGGGAGAUAUGUCUGGGCGCGCCAGCUAGGUGGAGAGGGCUCCAAGACUCGGAAAUGGAAACUUAUUGUUAGGAACCUUCCUUUCAAGGCUGAAAUCAAUGAAGUGAAAAAUAUGUUUUUGUCAGCAGGCUUUGUAUGGGAUGUAUUUAUUCCACAAAAUCCUGAGACGGGUUUAUCUAAGGGAUUUGCGUUUGUCAAAUUCACAUGCAAGCAGGAUGCAGAAAAGGCCAUCCAGAAGUUCAAUGGGCAAAAGUUCGGUAAAAGACCCAUUGCUGUUGAUUGGGCUGUCCCCAAAAAAGUUUAUGCAACUGGUGCUCAUUCUGUUGCUGCUUCAGAAGAUGGUAAUUGUUGCCCUUAUGAACAGUAUAUAAUUAUCUUCAAUAAAAUCUAUUACAAAUCUGAAGCUCGUGUUCUUUAUUUCGGAAGGUUAGAUGCUGAUGUUCCUCAAUUACUGGGGAUAAUCAUCAUAGUAUAA